AGUCGGUUUGCGUUUGUUCAACAGUACAAACUAAACUUUAAUAACUCUCUAAUAAUACUAAAUAAUAUUAAAAAUAAUUUAUUAAUAAUUUAUAAUAAAUAAAUUAAUUAAAUGAAAAGAAAAAAGAAAAAGUUCAAGUAAAUUUUUUGUGUAAUAUAUUUUAUAAAUAAUUAUUAUUAAAUUACAAAAGUAUUUAUUUAUUUAUUUAUUAUUAUUAUGAGUAAAUAAAUAAAUUAUUCAAGGACAAUAUUAACAACAAAUCGUGAUGCCAGAUCAUUGUUAUUUCUUGCAACAUUCAAGAAGAGUCAAAAAGCAAGAUUGUUAUCGGUUUUGUUUAUCGCGACAGUGACCCUCUGGUGAACCCUUUGAAUAAACCAAUGUAUAAAUUUUUUUUAUUUUAAACAUUUUAUAUACAUAUAAAGACUAUUCACAAAUUUUUUUAUUUUUUAUGAUAUUUAUAAUUUUUUUUAUAUAAAUUAUCGAGGGUUUUGUCGAUCUAAUCGAAAUCAUGCUGAAUAAAUCGAGAUUAAGUGAUGGAUAAAGAUUUACAAGAGUGGGUUUAAUUUUUUUAUUUUUUUUUAACAAACUGUUGGAUUAAUUUUAAAAAAUAAAAUAGUUGUUGUGAUCGAGAAAUAACAUUGACUAUGUUCAAUUAGUCAAUAGUCACGUAUUUGUGGAUAUACUAUUCCCGCGGUAAUUUAAACGUGAUAUUUUUACCAUCAAAUAUAAAAAUUUUAUACUGAAAAAAAAGAGGAAAUUAUACUUUUAUUGAAAAAAAAUUAAUUGGGUUAAAUAACGGAAGUGUGUAUAUGUGAAUUGACCUUGAAAAUAAUUCAAAAUGUCUCAAAGUAAUUGAGUAAUUUUUCAAUUAAAUCUUUGGAGAAUUUUAAUUGUAUUUUUUCUUUUAAAAAUUGUUUUAUGAAUUUAAAUUGAUCUGGUUUGAUACAUGCAAAUCAAUGUCAGUUGAUGCACUGAUGCAUAAUAAUUUAAACUAAAAAGUUUGAUUAUAAAAUUUUAGGAUGUGUGAAAAAAUAAAUUAAUAUUAUUAAAAUUAUAUUUUAAUGUUUACGAAUUUAUUUAUCUUGAUGGCUUCAAAGAUGCCGGUAUGAAGACUAAAAUAUCCUCAAAAGAAUUGGAUGAUCUAUUCGAUGAGGGAGCUAGAUUUCGUGAUACAUCACAACAAAUACAUAAACAAUGGCAAGCAGAUCCAUCACGAACAUUUCCAUCAGUUGGAAAUGCAAAUAUAAAUUCGCAAAAUCCAGGUACAAGUGAUGCAUCAUCAUCAGAUACAUCAAGUCCAACUCCAAGUCCAAAUCAUCAAAGUACACAAAAUGGAACAUAUGAUGAACCGAGAAAUUUGGCAACAAACGUUGUCAAGCAUGUGGUGCAAAAGUCUUCUUCAUCGGUAUCACCGAGAACACCUGGUGUUGGUGCUGAUGCUGGUAUCAUGACAAAUGGUAAAAAUGGACGAGUCAGUGAGGUCAUGGAAUUGUGUUAUGUUACUGAAAGAAUUAUUGCAUUAUGGUACAGAGAUGAUUCACAGGGUGUUUUUGAACAUGCCACUAAUUUAUUGAGAGGAAAACAUGCUGAUAAUUAUAUGAUAUUUAAUUUAUCAUCACCUGGAAGAAAUAAUGAAUCAAAUAUACGAGAAUGUGGUUGGCCUCAUGGUUUAGCACCAAGUUUAGAACGUCUUUGUGCCCUUUGUAAAUCACUUGAUUCAUGGUUAAAUGAAGCAACAAAUAGAGUUGUUGUACUUCAUGCAAGAGGUGCAAAAGAACGUCUUGGUGUUGCUGUAUCAGCAUACAUGAAUUACAUAAGUAUUUGUGGUGGACGUGAUCAGGCACUUGAUAGAUUCGCAAUGCGGAGAUUCUUGGAUGACAAAAUUGGUUCCCUCAGGGUACCAUCCCAUCGAAGAUAUAUUGAGUAUUUCAGUGGUCUUUUAGCUGGACCAUUGAGAAUAAGUCAAUCGCCAUUAUAUUUAACACAUGUUACAGUACUUGGUGUACCAUUAUUUGAACCAACUGGUUGUCGUGCAUUUUUUAAAGUUUAUGAAGGUUUAACACCAGUUUAUACAUCUGAUUUAUACUCUGUUACAAAUGCAAGAGAAUUUACAGUUAAUCUUGGUGGUCUUAGAUUACGUGGUGAUAUAUUGGUCAAGUGUUAUCAUAGAAUUUAUUCAAAACAAAGUAGAGAAACAAUGUUUUCACUUCAGUUUCAUACAUGUGUAAUUACGGAAAAUGUUGUAUCAUUUCCAAGAUCAGAACUUGAUAUUGCGUGUGAUGAUUCACGUUGUCCACCGGACAGUGUUGUUACACUUUAUUUUUCAACUGAUGCAAGACGUCAAGAUGGACCAAUACCAGCACCAACACCAACAGUACCCCAUGCAUCUGCUCAUCAUGAUCCAAUUAUCCAUUGGGACAGUUAUAUCAACCUUGAAAUUAAUGAUGACGAUGAAGGACGUAAUACACCAUUAUCACCACUACCAAAUUCAACAUCAUCUGUACAAACAUCACCUCGUGGAUUGGGUUAUACAUGUGGACCAAUUGAUGGCUCACUUUAUGCUGUGGUUCAUCAGGGUCCUGGUGGAGCUGUACGCGGUUCACCGCUGACGGUAUCUAUGGACAGUGGCAUCAGCAGCGCACCGCCACAGCGACCAAGUCCUCCUGAACCAGAAAUCGAUAAUCAAGCACAUUCUGAUCUUGAUAAACUUCUUCAUGAUAUGAUGAUGACAGUUGAGUCAAUGCCAGAUCCACCAAGUCCAAAUAAUUACAGCCAAAAUAAUAACAAUCAAACAGAUAAAAUGUAUAUAAAUGAUACGCGAAAUUACAGUAGUAAUCCAACAUCAACAUAUUCAACAUUAAAAGAUUCAUCGUAUAGAAGUUACAGUGGUACACAUGAAUCAUCAUCACCACAAUAUGCAUCAAGCAAUAAUUAUGAUACAUUAAAAAAUGAUACAAAUGAUGAUAAUGAUAAAAAAUCAUUUUCACCAACUGGUAAUAUUGAUUUUAUUGAUGAUGAUAUACCAUAUCAUGCACGUCAAACAAGUCAACCGUUUAGUUAUGGUGCAACAAGUGACAUGAUUAAACAUCAAAAACUCUCAUCACCUUCUUUAGUUAGAAAGGCAAUUAUGAGAGGAGGACAAUCAUCAAUUGUUGAUAUUGAUGAUAUUAUUGAUAAUAAUAUACAAAGACCAAUAACACCACUCAGUCCAACAACACCAGAUCCACCACCUGAAUUUGCAAAUGGUUCUAAAUUUAAUGAUCAUCUUGAUGGAUUGUCAUGGUUGAGACAACAACAACUCAAACUAGCAGCAAGACGUGAUGAAAAAAGUCCUGGUAGAAUUUGGCGUCAAGAAAAUGGUAAUCGUGUACUUGGUGAACUUAAAAAUUUACAAAGAAAUCGUACAAGACAAGAUGGUUAUGCUAGUGAUUCAGCUGUACUUGAUGAUGAUGAUGAUAUAUGGAUACCAAGUUCAAUUGCAUCACAGACAACAAGAGGAACUUCAUAUACUUCAGCACCAGCAAGUCCAUUAUUACCACAAAGAUCAUCAUCAAGAAAAUUUAAUAAUGGAACAAUGAAUGGUACAAUUAGUAGACAAAGAGCUGAGAGUGUUAAUGAACGUCCAUUUACAUCAACAUCAUCAAAAAGAUCAUAUGAAUUUAGAAAAUACAACGAUACACAGAACCCUACAUCAUCCCCGCACGCAGCUGUUGAAUUAUUAAAAAUUUCAUCUCAACAAAAUCAAUUAACAUUGGAUAAACAACAACAACAACAACAACAUCAACAUCAUCAUCAACAACAACAGAUACCACCACGUCCAGAAUCAAGAAGUGAUAGUUAUGCUAAAACUGAAUUAAUUAUGAGAGAAAAUUGUCAACUAAAUGGCACAUCAAUUAAUAAUAAAAUAAUUGAUAAUAAUAAUCAUCAUGUAAUUAAAAAUUAUAACAAUAAUAAUCACGAUACACAAAAUAAUAAUAGUAAUAAUAAUCAUGCGACAAUAAAAACUUACAAUGCAUCAGUUCAAAAAAAUUAUAAUAAUAAAAUAAAUGAGAAUGAUAAUGUGGAUAGUGGUUUACUUGCUCUUGUUGAUAAUAAUAGUAUCAAUUAUCAUAAUAAUAAUAAUAUCAAUAAUAAUAUGGAUAAUCCACUUGUCAAUCUCAUUGAAUCAUUGGCUGAGCUAUCACCAAUUAGUUCAAAAUUAUCAAUUAAUAAAGAUGAUAAUAAUCAUCAUCAUAAUUAUCACCAUCAUGUCAUUACAACUUCAAACAAUAACAACAACAACAACAACAACAACAAUAGUGAUGUCAAUACUGAUACUAACAGUUCCCCAAAUCAAUCACCAAAAACAUGGCAGAGUAGUAUACAGUCACAGCAUGAUUCACCAACUUCAUGGACUGAAAGAAGCAAUAGUCCAGGCAGUGCAAUUAUUGGAAGUGCAUCAAGACCACAAACACCAGCAUUUCCAGUACAUCCACGUACUCCAUAUGUCAACAAUUCAUCACCAACAGUUACAUUUGCUAAUGAUAAAAAUUAUAUAUCAUCAAAUAAUUACAACAGCAAUGAUACAACAUUGUCAAAUAAUUAUUCAAUUCACAAUAAUAAUGGUUAUAAUUAUGAUCAUGGUAAUAAUAAUAAUAUCAGUAUGAAUAAUCACAACAACAAUGUUAAUAGUAACAAUAUUAACAACAAUAACAACAACAACAAUCGUGGAUACAUGGGAGACAGAGCAAUUUACAUUGAGGAAAAAAGAGAUCUUUCGAAGGAUACAGGAUUGCCUCCCAAGAGUCCGACAACACAGCGACGCUUGAGUUUUCCGGCAAGCGGAUUGCUUAAACAAACACAUAACAAACGAUGGCAACUCACUAAUCAAUCGGCAUCGUUCGAUUAUAGCAAGGACCGUCCUGUUUCACCGACAAAUGAAAUAAUUAUGUCACAUACAAUAAAUCGCAGUCCAGGUACACCAACUCAUAUUGAUUUUAUGCAAAGUCCAAAAAGUGCAACAUCAUAUACAUCAAUAAAUAGUGGUGGUAAUUCAUCACCAUCAAUUCAACAAUAUGGAUCAAGAAGAUCAAGUGUACAUUCAAAUACAGAACCACAAGAAGUUGCUGAUGUCAAUGUUAAAUUUGUUCGUGAUACCAGUAAAAUAUGGUAUAAACCAAAUAUUUCACGAGAACAAGCAAUUGCAAUGUUAAAAGAUGCAGCACCAGGUACAUUUGUUGUACGUGAUAGCAAUUCAUUUCCUGGUGCAUUUGGUUUAGCACUUAAAGUAUCAUCACCACCACCAGGUGCACCAAGUAGUCCAAAAGAUUCAUCAAAUGAACUUGUACGACAUUUUCUUAUUGAGCCAACAUCACGUGGUGUAAGAUUAAAAGGAUGUGCAAAUGAACCAGUAUUUAGUUCAUUAUCAGCACUUGUUUAUCAACACAGUUUAAUGUCAAUGGCAUUACCAUGUCAAUUAUUACUACCAGAGCCUGAAGCUGCUGCAAGAGCACUUGAUUCACCAUCAAUAAAUAGUCCACAACAAUUAUUGGCUCAGGGUGCAGCUUGCAAUGUUCUGUAUCUUUUCACAAUUGAUACUGAAUCACUUACGGGACCUCAAGCUAUCAAAAAAGCUGUUACAAAAUUAUUUGAACAAAAACCACUGCCAUCAGCAACAAUUGUACAUUUCAAAGUAUCAACACAAGGAAUAACACUAACAGAUAAUUCAAGAAAAUUAUUUUUCCGUCGUCAUUAUCCAACAAAUAAUAUAAGCUAUUGUGGAUUAGAUGCUGAUGAAAGAACUUGGGAUUUUGUUAGUGAAGAAAGUGGAAGACCUCUUAGUACACAUCGUUGUUUUGGAUUUGUUGCAAGAAAACCAGUCCAUAAAACAGAUAAUCAGUGUCAUGUAUUUGCUGCACUUGAACCAGGCCAACCAGCAACAGCAAUUGUUAAUUUUGUCAACAAAGUUAUGAUGGGAAAUUCAGCAAUAAAGGCAAAUAUAGUUUAAAAUAAAAUCAAAAAUUAUUAUUUAAAAAAAAAAAUAUCUUUAUGAAGCCAAACUGAACCAGACUGAGCAUAUUUAAAAGAUAAUAUUUUAAAAAAAGAAUAAAUAAAUAAAGUAGCUCUUCAUAGUUAUCUAGAAGAAACGAAAAUAUAUAUUAUUUAUAUAAGAAAAAAAAGGAAUAAAUAAACGACGAUAAUAUUGACGACUCAUUCUAUUUAUUUUUUUCUUUCUAAUUCAGAAUGAGAUAAUAAUCAAAAUGCUUAAGAAAAAUGUGCCCGAUUACUAUAAAUAACGAUAAAAUUAUUAUCAAUAUAUUUUAUUUUUCUGUGCACUUAUAGUUAUAUAGAAAUUUAAAAAAAAAAAUAACAUUUAAUUCUUCACAGAGUUCAAAUCAAAUAGCGCCAUUGACCAGGCUUUUAUUUUAGAAUUUAGUUUUCGAAAUAAAAAUUAAUUAUGUACGUUGCAUGAUCGUUGAAGUGUCUAAAUUAUAAAUUAAUAAAUAUUAUUAACAAAUAAUAGUUUAAAAUAUAAUAAAAGCAAUUGUAAAUUGAAUUUAAAAAUUGACUAAAAAUUUCAAAGAAAUAUUUUGUUUCUCAAUUUCAAUGUAUGGAACAAUUGUUCAUAACUGUAAAUAACACUAAGGCCUUAGACGAAGAUGAAAAAGAAUAUAUUUAAACUGUUACAAAACGAAUUUAGAUUGAAAUAAAUACAAAAAAAAAGAAAUAUAUAUUU